GUGUAGGUGCAUAAGUACAUAGUGCAUGAGUGCAUAGUGUAUAGUGUGCCAUUUGGGACGCAGCUAUAAUGUCUUGGGCAGAUUCAUCACCUGUAAUUGUAAUCUUUUAUCAUUAAGAUUUACAACACAUACAGAUUUUACCUGUUCAGGAAAGACGCGUUACACUUUAAAUGACGAAAAAGGAUUUAUUCAAACUUUCUUUUAAGAAAAAGCUUUUUUUUCUCACUUAAAAUAGAAUUACAUUUGCUUUUAAUUUUGUUGGGUGUAUUUUUAACAGCUUUUAAGAGCCUAAUAAACACAAUUUCACGUCUUAUUCUAAUUAAUUAGGCUUUUUUCUCUACAUUAGCGAUUGUUUUUGUCCUGUCUAAGUGUUUUAGUUUGGCGUGUUGUUGAGCCUCCGUUGCUCCCGCCUCGCGGUGAUGACGUCAGCGCUGACGCGUUCAUUCAGCGUCGAGUCUUCAGAGCUGAGAGCUGAAUGAAGACAUGAAGAAUCACUUAAAUGUUCAUUCAAAGAUGAAGCGUUUUCUAUGCACUUUGUGUGGAAAGAGCUACAAUCAUCCAAACAGUUUAAGAAGACAUCAGAUGGUCCACACUGGGGAGAGACCUUACAAGUGUUCACACUGCGGAAAAACAUUCAAUGACUCGGGGAGUCUAAAAGCACAUGAGAGGAUUCACACUGGAGAGAAGCCGUACACGUGUACUCAGUGUGGGAAGAGUUUCAUACGAUCGUCAGACCGUAAUCGACACAUGAUGACCCACAGCUCUGCCGCCAUCAGUGAAAGACAAAGACAGAGUUUAUUGAAGGACAGUGAGAAGAUGAGUGAUCCAGAACCCUGCAGAAUUAAACAGGAGGAGACUGAAGAACUAAUAGAUGUGAAGGUGGAGAGUGAAGAUGAGGAGAAACAUCAUGUCAAGAGUGAAGAAGAAACUCACACAAGCACUGAACACAGUGUUUUACUGAACAGCACAGCUGUAAAAGGUUUCGUCUGCACUCGGUGUGGAAAAAAUUUUGGGCGAAAAUUUGAUCUCAAGCGUCACAUGUGGAUCCACACUGGAGAGAAACCGUACAAGUGUUCACAAUGCGACAAGAAAUUCUGUAAAUUACAAGACCUGAAAACACACAAGAAGAUUCACACUAAAGGGUUUCUCUGCAUUGCCUGUGGGAAGAGUUUCAGGGAUACAUUUUCUCUACGAAGACACACGCACAAAUCUCUUGAGCGUAACGAAGACAUGAAGAAUCACUUUAAUGUUCAUUCAACGAUGAAACAUUUUUCAUGCUGUUUGUGUGGAAAGAGCUACAAUCAUCCACACAGUUUAAGAAGACAUCAGACGAUCCACACUGGAGAGAGACCUUACAAGUGUUCAUAUUGCGAGAAAACAUUCAGUGAGUCAGGAAGUCUGAGAUCACACGAGAGGAUUCACACUGGAGAGAAACCGUUCACAUGUACUCAGUGUGGGAAGAGUUUCAUACGGUCGUCAGACCGUAAUCGACACAUGAUGACCCACAGCUCUGCCGCCAUCAAUGAAAGACAAAGACAGAGUUUAUUGAAGGACAGUGAGAAGAUGAGUGAUCCAGAACCCUGCAGAAUUAAACAGGAAGACACUGAAGAACAAACAGAGGUGAAGGUGGAGAGUGAAGUACUGUGGGGAAUCGAAGAUGAGGAGAAACAUCAUGUCAAAAGUGAAGAAGAAACUCGCACAAACACAGAUGGUAGUGUUUCAAUGAACAGCACAGCUGUGAAAAGUUUAGCCUGCACUCAGUGUGGAAAGAGAUUCAGCCGCAAAUACGGUCUCAUCAUUCACAUGAAGAUCCACGCCGGAGAGAAACCUUACAAGUGUUCCCACUGCGACAAGAGAUUCAGUAAAUUACGAGACCUGAAAGCACACAGGAAGAUUCAUCCCAAAGAGAAACCAUAUCGCUGCAUAGCUUGUGGGAGGAGUUUCAUGGAUAUAUUUAUACUACAAACCCAUACCAAAAAAUUUCACGAACUGAGUGAAGACAUGAAGAAUUACUUUGAAGUUCAUUUAAAGCUGAAGCCGUUUUCAUGCUCUUUGUGUGGAAAGAGUUUCAAUCGUUCACAUAUACUAAGAAAACAUCAGAGGAAUCACUCUGGAGAGAAACCGUACAAGUGUUCGCACUGCGACAAAACAUUCAGUCAGCCAGAGUAUCUGAAAAAGCACAAGGUGAUUCACACUGGAAGGAAACGUUACAAGUGUUCACGCUGCGAAAAAACAUAUAGCAAUUCAGAAAAUCUGAAAAUGCAUGAGAUGAUUCACACCGGAAAGAGACCGCACACAUGCGACCAGUGUGGGAAGACAUUCGUACGAUCAUCAGACCUUAAUCGACACAUGCUGAUCCACACUGGAGAGAAAAAACACAAAUGUGAUCAAUGCGGCAAAACAUUUCUGAGGACUUCAGAUCUGAAGAUCCAUCUUAGAUCUCACACAGAAGAUAAACCUUAUCCAUGCUCCGAGUGUGGAAAGAGUUUUAAAAGACAGUCACAUUUAAGUAAGCAUCAGAAGAUGCACGCUGCUGUGAAAGAGCAUGUGUGCCUUAAAUGUGGGAAGACUUUUAAUAAAGCUGGAUAUUUGAAACAGCACCAGAGGAUGCACACUGGAGAAAACACAGAUGCGGAGUGUGGGAAGAGCUUCACAAAGUCAUCAAACCUCAAACAACAUGUGGAGGGAAAACAGUGAUCAACGUGGCAAGACAUUUUUAAGGGCUGCAGAGCUGAAGAAACAUUAAGGCCAAUGUUUUCAACACGUUUUUCAGCAUUCACACUCAAGUGAUUUUUCUGUUAGAUGGUGCUUAAUGAACUUACAUCUUUUGAAAGGAAACUGAAAUGAAAACAGAGUCCUAUUUGAUCUGGAUUUACUCUCUAGACAGCAAAAAGGUUCAGUAUGUAAAGGUGCUGUAUGUAAGUUUUUGUCUCUUCUAAAGCUUAAAUAUACCAUAAUGUGUUUGCAGAUAUGUUAGAAACAUGUUAAGUGAAUAUAUUUGUCUAUCUGAAAAACAUUGCUGAAGUCAGUUAUUCUCUUUUGAAAAUGUCUGUCUUUGUUGUGGUCUCUAUACCCAGCCCACUGAAAGUUUACUCCGUUAUAUUUCAACGCCUUGGUGGAAAACACACCGUAUUUCAUUUCAGUCAUGAAGGCUGCUUCAGUGUACCUGCAUUUGAGUCAUCAGAGGAGGGGCGGAGUCAAACAGUGUUUUGAUUUUAGAGUGCCAAUGGGUGUCAAUCUUACAUACUGCACCUUUAACACAUUUUUGACGCUAUUCUUUUGUUCAGGUGGUUUAAGUAAGUUCUAAAUUAUGUAGCUAAUAAUACAUCAAAACAAUCUGAAUUUAAAUUGUGUUCAUUUGAAUUAUUGACAAUGGGGUAUAUGCCGAAGUAUGCUAAAGGACUUUUAAUUUGCCAGUAACCUUGGUUAAGCGCUUCCGGUGAAUUGUAUGCCAUUGCAAAAUCAGGGCGUUUAAGGUCUGUUUUCUUUAAAAAUCUGUAAUCUCCACUGGCUAAGUGAUAUCCGAUGUAAAGCCUGGGGGGGUUCGGUACUUCGGUACUUAUGGGGACCGGACUAUACCGAAAAGCUGAGAAACUGUGCUUUUCCAUCCGUAAUAAUUCAAAUUCAU